AUGUCCUUCAAGGUCUUCUCAAUCAAUCUGUUGAUGGAGAGUAUCAACCGCAUUCAGCACAUGUUAGAAGACGACGGCCGCCCUAGAGCCCUAACUACUGCCCUGGACGAAACAAAUCUUCCGGACCUGGUGCUUGCAUCCUUCAGUAAAGCUACUCUGAGAGAUAUAAUGCAAGCUUUGCCGUCCCGCCAAGUUUCUGACAGAACAAUAUCUGCCUACUUUAACGCCAGGCAUGUGACGGUCCCUUUCAUCCACACGCAUCAAUUCAGAAGACAAUAUGAGGCCUUCUGGAGUGAUCCCGCGACUGCGAACCUCUUAUGGGUCAGCAUCUUCUUCUCGGUUCUGGCCACUGGGGCUGUCGUCCUAGGCGCAAAGGCAGCAUCUACCUCUGAUCCAAAUCACCCUUGGGCCUACGUCACCAUGUCAGCACGGUGUCUCGUCGCAGGCCAGUACCAGAAAGCUGGGGAGUUCUCGGUCGAAGCCUUGGUCAUGCAUGCUCACUCGCGUCAUUUCCAAAGAAGCAAAAAAGACGUCGACACGUCCCAACUACAUGCAUUGGCUCUCCGCUUAGCACAACGGCGAUGCUAUCACCAAGAGCUAGACAAUUUACUGCUGAUUAUGACACCUUUCGAAGCAGAAAUGAGACGCCGGGUGUGGUAUGUCAUUCAAUACUACGAUGUAAUGUUCUCCAUUGAGCAGGGGUUACCACCACUUAUUCACGAGGAUACAUACUCCACCCGUCAUCCAACGAAUGUCUCCGACGAAGACUUUGACGAAGACGUUGUCUACUUGACGCCUCGACCGAUAGAAGAAGCUCAACCCAUGCUUCCCUGUGUCUGCAUCUCUCAUCUAUUACCAAUACUACGACGCAUCAUUCGCCAUACGCUGGGUUUAAAGACAUGCACCUACUCAGACGCCAUGUCUCUCCAAGCCGAACUGGAGACGUGGUACGCAUCGAUCCCGCCCAGCUUUCGCAUACGCGCGAUCAAAGAUACCUCGUUCACGGACCCGAAUCACACGGUCAUGCAACGUAUCAUGCUCGAACUCAUGUAUACCAUGGGAACCGUCCUCCUGUACCGCCCGUUUCUCGAUCUAAUGAAACUAAAUAAUCCCGAGUGUCAAGCGGCGCUCAAAGUAUGUCGGAGGCUGGCUGUGAGAUCUGUCGGGGUCUAUGUCGAAGUCGAUCAUGAAAUGCAGGAAGGCGGAAGACUAUACGAGGAUCAGCCCAUCGCCUCGGGCUUGUCGGUGAAUGACUUCUUGAUAACGACGAUAGUGGCACCCCUCGAGUUCUUCGAUUGUCCAAACCUACCCCCAGGUGAAGAGGAUUAUAUCAUCAACCUGCUUCAAACAGCAACGCAGCUGUGGUCCAAGAGAUUAGUUGCCUCUACCCAUGUGCGUGAAAGCACGAGACUGCUCCGGCUGAUUGCGGCAAAGACUCAAACGGCCAGCCAAGGACGACGCCACGUCCCAUACCCGGUUCCAAGCUCAUCCACCGCUGCCGAAGCAGAAACAGAGCAAUAUGGACAUUCGGCGCUGCAGCAAUAUCCUAGCGGGGAAGGAGGAUAUACAGAAUCGGACAUUGAUUUCGAAGUCGGACUUAUUGACUGGAGCAACGCUGUGGAAAUUGACUGGGACCCAGCCAAUUUUUGUCUCGACUUCGAUACGGUCAAUAAAGCAAUGUCAAUGAAUCAGUUCCUUGACACUCAGUGA